GGCCUGACGCGACCCUUGUCUCGGGCCUCUCGGAAUCGUACAGCCGCCCAGCCCCGCACCUGCGACGUGGCAGUCCAUAGUGGAGCCUCCUUGCCUCGGUCCAGGUCCAGAUGUCCCUGUGUCAUGGCUGCCCCAGCAUUAGGGGACCCCAGGACCCUGUGAUUGGCGCCUGCGCCUGCUGACGGUGACGGAGGAGCCCCCCCUAGGGACUUGGGCAUUGCUUGUGGUUGGUGUCUGUCCUUCGUGCUCCUUUCGGUGAAGCUAGGGGAGAGGGCGAUUUUUGUUGUCACUUGGUUCAUUCAUUUAUUCGUUUGUUCUUUUAUUCUUUCCGAAACCAAUUAAUGAGGCAGCAUAGUGUAGUUGUUAAGAGUGCAGGCCCUGGAGCCUGGCCGUGUUGAUUUUCCCUCUCAGCCAUUUCUGACAUUAGGCAAGACAGUAGGCCUCAGCUUCCACAUCUGCAAAGUGGGGUAAUAAUAGUAUCUACUUCAUAGAGAAGUUGGGAGAUUGGAAUUAACAGUAAAGGCAAAGCCCGGCAUGUAGUAGGCACUCACUGUACUAAGAUCACAGUUGUGAGAGCUAGAUGGAAGAAUAAAAUUGAGAUAAGUACUAGUUUAAAUAUAGGGAUAAAUGUUGUGAUGGAGACAUGCAAAGUGCUGUGAGAAUAUGAUGAAGGGAGUUGUACUGGGGAGGUGAUAGAGGGUGGUGACUUAAGCCAUACUUAAGAAUGAAUACAAGUCUGCCAGGGAUGUGGUGGGUGUCAGGGCAUUUCUGGCAGAGAUCACAUCUUUAAGCUGUGAAAAUGCAUGGCAUUCUCAGCCUGAGUAGUCUGAUACUGGUAGAUCUAAAGUGAUCAUUUUCUCCAGGAAGUUCCUCCUUUGUGUUUUCUCACUGCACCAGGUCUGUGUCUCUAGAACAGCUCUUACCACACAUUUUAAUAUUGAAAUGUCCUUUUUAUGUUUUUCUCCCUCACUUCAGGGUAAGGAUCUUGCAUUAGUCUUUAUCUCUUCACAUGAUACCUGGCAUUCGGUAAAUGUUUGUUGAAUUUGAAGAGACAUAUGGGCAAUGAAUCUGGAAGGGUGAGUUGAAGCCAGACUGUAAACGUUGUUGAAUGGUAAACCAAAAAAAUUUUGACUGACUUUUUUCCAAUAGGCAAUGAGUUUAAAAUAUUAAUUCUAGCAUUACUGUAGAGAGUAGAUUAGAUAUAAGGAGAGACUGAAGGAAGGGAUAUUCGUUAGGAGACAGCAGAUAUCUCAGAUUCUUCCCUGUAUACGUCAAGUUGAAUGCAUAAGACCGUUUAGGUUAGUGGUUCAUAAAUUUUUCCACCAGGACCAGUUAAAGGUUCCCAUGCCUGGCAUUCACAAAUUAAGAACCACCUCAGGAAUUCCCUGGUGGUCCAAUGGUUAGGACUCGGCAUUUUCACUGCCCAGGCCUGGGUUCUAUCCCUGGUCGAGGGAACUAAGAUCCUACAAGCUGCAUCAAAAAAAAAAAAAGAACCACCUUUUCCUAUCUUUAACUCUAUUCCCUUUUCUCCUACUAAUCCAGGACAGAUGUGUCAAGAUACUCUGAGAAGUAUUUGCCUUGCAAAUCGUUCAGGACUGGGUAUGAUGGCAGUUCUCGUGAUGAGUUAGUAGGGUGAGAUGGAAAAUAUGGACACUAUAGCCCCCGAUACUCUUGCAGCUAUUAAUCUACUGAUGACCCAAACUCUACCUUGUGGUUCAGUCCAGUAAGAAUUGUCCUAGUGUGUGAUUGUGAUGACUGGCAUCUAACAGUUAUAUUUCUCUUAAUUUCUUCAGGGAGAACAUCCUUGGUCCUACAGUGUUGCUGACACUGACAUUUUUCUAAGUGGUCUUGAACUGCCUACUUUUUAUGUAAAUAACUGGCUAGACUUCAUAUUUUUCACUACAGAAGCCCAUAACCUGCAGUUGCUAGAGAUUUUAAAACACUGCUUUUCGGAUAUCAUCUAUAUUUAACUUGAAAGCUCUUCCUUUCUUAUUCCAAAAUGUUGAGAUACUGGGGAGAGAUACCAAUCUCAUCAAGCCAGACCAACAGAAGUUCCUUUGACUUGCUCCCUCGGGAGUUCCGACUGGUAGAAGUCCAUGACCCACCCCUGCACCAACCCUCAGCCAACAAGCCCAAGCCCCCCACUAUGUUGGAUAUCCCCUCAGAGCCAUGCAGCCUCACCAUCCAUACCAUUCAGCUGAUCCAGCACAACCGACGUCUGCGUAACCUCAUUGCCACAGCUCAGGCCCAGAACCAGCAACAGACGGAAGGUGUAAAGACCGAAGAGAGUGAGCCUCUUCCGUCCUGCCCUGGGUCACCUCCUCUUCCUGAUGACCUCCUUCCUUUAGAUUGUAAGAAUCCCAGCGCCCCAUUCCACAUCCGGCACAGUGACCCAGAGAGUGACUUUUAUCGUGGAAAAGGGGAACCUGUGACUGAACUCAGCUGGCACUCCUGCCGGCAGCUCCUCUACCAGGCAGUGGCCACAAUCCUAGCCCACGCAGGCUUUGAGUGUGCUAACGAAAGUGUCCUGGAGACCCUAACUGAUGUGGCACACGAGUAUUGUCUUAAGUUCACCAAGUUGCUGCGCUUUGCUGUGGAUCAGGAGGCCCGGCUGGGGCAGACUCCCUUCCCCGACGUGAUGGAGCAGGUUUUCCAUGAAGUGGGCAUUGGCAGCGUGCUCUCCCUCCAGAAGUUCUGGCAGCACCGCAUCAAGGACUAUCACAGUUACAUGCUGCAGAUUAGUAAGCAGCUCUCUGAAGAGUAUGAAAGGAUUGUCAAUCCUGAGAAGGCCACAGAGGACACUAAACCUGUAAAGAUCAAGGAGGAACCUGUGAGCGACAUCACCUUCCCUGUCAGUGAGGAACUGGAGGCUGACCUUGCUUCUGGAGACCAGUCACUGCCCAUGGGAGUCCUUGGGGCUCAGAGUGAACGCUUCCCAUCUAACCUGGAGGUCGAGGCUUCACCACAGGCUUCAAGUACAGAAGUAAAUGCUUCACUUCUUUGGAACUUGGCCCACGUGAAAAUGGAGCCGCAAGAGAGUGAAGAAGGCAACGUCUCUGGGCAUGGCGUGCUGGGCAGCGAUGUGUUCGAGGAGCCCAUGUCAGGCAUGAGUGAAGCUGGGAUCCCCCAGAGCCCUGAUGACUCAGACAGCAGCUACGGCUCCCACUCCACUGACAGCCUCAUGGGGUCCUCCCCUGUUUUCAACCAGCGCUGUAAAAAGAGGAUGAGGAAAAUAUAAGGCAAAGAGGGAGAGUUUCUCUCCAGACCUACAAGACCCAACAGAAAAUCUUGAUGUAUUCUAAUUCGUUUCCAUAAACAGUGAUUUGACUUUUAUUCUUAAACACAGUGGAUUUUCCUGAUAUCAGUGGAACUGGAUUUAACCAAAUAAGUCUGCUUUUUCCUUUUGCCUCCAGUUUUUGUAGUUUUCCACAACAACCAAGCUACCUUUCACAGACAUCAUGACACUGGGAUGGUAAUCCAGAGACCAAAGCACUGUCCCUGACAUCUACUGUGUGACUAGACAAGUGACUUAGCUUCUCUAGAGCUGUUUCUCUUGCACAACUGAGAAGAAUCAUACUGCUUUUACCUACCUUGCAGAGAUAUUAUGAAGAUGGAGAUGUUGUUAAGCCUCAAAGCUGUGCUUGAAUAGACUCACAAGUAAAUAUAUGCUGGUAUCAGAUGUCAAUUUUUUUUUAACUUGCUUCAUUUUUGGUCGAAGUCCUUGGGAAUCCAGUGCUAAUACCUAACAGGAAAUAGCUAAACAUUGCAUAGCUUAUCUAUCAGUAGUCUUGUUUUCAAACUGUUUUUGCUGCCCAUGAGGUCGCCUAUAAAGUCAGAGUGGUCUGUGGUAAACAGGCUUUUUGCUUUUUCAGACAGCCCUCUACUAUCUCAGCCACAUAUUUUCUUCUGCUCUAGACUUAUUCCAUGUAUUUCCACCAUCUUUAUUUUUUUAUUUCCAUUCAGAUUUUUUUUUAUAUUUUCACCAUGUACACUUUUUGGUUGCUCCAUUCAUUUUUCUCCUUUGUGAAUGAAGCAAACAGGACCUGUCCAAGGACAGGCUCGUGCCUAUUUCAUUUGCUGCAUCUGCUUGGCCAUCAGAGAACAGUCCAUUCCUCUGCCAGAAUUCUGUCUGCACAUUGUGUUUCUGCUGGAUGGGCAGCCGCCAAAAGGGUAACAGUAUGCACCUUUCUGCUUUACAUCGUGUCUUGAACAACUUUACUGCUCUUACUCAUCCAUAGCAGUACCUGCCCUGCUUGGCAUCUGAUAGUCUCGACCAGUAUUUAUGAAGUAAAUGAUGUAGCACUGGAAUAAUCAGGAGGAAUUAGCAAAUGUGUGCAUGUUAAAUACUGCUGAAGUUUGGUUUGGGGGUGCAGAAUACAAGUCUUGUGAAAGUUAGAGCACUCCUUUAGUGGAGACCAGAAAUCAAGGCCCACAUCAUUGAGUGCCUUAAAUAUCCAGCACUGAGAAUAAAUAUGAAUGCAAUAGCAACAAAAUGAGGUUAUAAUUUAAACUGUUACCAGAUCAUUUAUAAGUUUGCUAAUUGUACAUCCUUGGCACAUUUAUCUAAACCCUUCCUGUUCCAGGCUUAGCUUUAUUUUUGCUUAUUUAUUGAUGAAAGUACACAUCAGGUGGUCAGUUUCCAUAAAUUAGCCACCUAGUAUUUAAUUCAUUCACUUAGCAAACAUUUGUUGAGUACCUAUUAUGUACUGGGUCCUCUGCAAGGGAUACACAGAUGAGUAAGACUGUCUCUGCCCUUAUGGAGCUUAUAGCAUAGGCCAGACAAGUUCCUCUUUAAGUAAAAAGUAUACAAAGGCACUAAGGGAAAAAAUCAGGUAUGUUCAGAGUUUUGCCGUGCAAAUGGUUUCCUCUCAAAGAACAGGUUCAAGUUUUUAGACCAGUGGUUUCCAUUAGUUACAGAAUACUGAAAUUAAUACUUCAUGUAAAGCAAAACACUUUUAUUUAUUUUUAGAAUGUUAGAUUGGAGAAUAGGCACCAGAUGGUCAAGGUUGGGGUACUCUGAUAAAGCAGGUGAUAAGCACAUUGAUAUCUGAGAUUCACCUGGCCUAGAAUUACGUCAUAGGCUGUUUGAGUUAGAAUAUUGUUCUGAACUUAGCAUGCAUCAGAAUCCCCUGGAGGCCUUAGUAAAACGGACUGCUAGGCCCCACCCACACCCCCCCAGUUUCUGAUAUAGGGCUUGAAUGUCCCAUCUUUAGUAACUUCCCAGAUGAUGCUGCUGCUUCUGGUCCAGAGACCACACUUUGAGAACCACUGAUCUGGAAUACAGGUUAGGCAGGGAUAAAAUUCCUUAAGAGAAAUGUAUAAUGUUAUAAGAUACUGUGAAGAAUGUGGAGGCAAAGCAAACCCUUACCAGGGCUGUUAUAUAUGGAAUGUGCAACUGACCCAAAUCUGUGGACUUUGAGUAAAUCACUAAGGAUACACUGCAUUAAGUUAAAGUACAGUACAAACAGGGCCUGGCUUUGUACCUGGUUACUAGGUGUGGUACGUACAUGGAACUUUAGUAAACAACAUGUGGCUUUAAACCUC